AUGUGUUCUAUGGUCGGUGUCGGUAAACGUCGAUGUAGCCAACGCUCCAAAAAUACCACAUGUUACGGUAUUCUAAAAGCAUCGUGCGUUGCAAUGCUUCACCAACGAUAACGAGUGUACGACAGUUAACAAUACACUCUAUUUAUAUCAUUUUUCUUCUCCUCCUCCUCCCCCCUCCCUUAAAAAAAAAGGAAAAAAUUUAGAAUUCACGAUCGUCUCGUUUGAAUCAUCACGAUGGAUUUGUACACGAAUAUUUAUUCGCACGUUGCACGAAUAUUCGGCCAGUCAUUUUUGUUUACUUUCUGUAUUCUUUUGCAUCUGAAUGCUACAUUAAACUGAAACAACGUGGCUCCGAAGACCAUGUCUCGUUCCAACGAAACGAGCGCAGAUGUUUACGAAUAUAAAAUUCUGUUUAUGCGACAGUAUCUUGAUUCGUCGAGUUAUUAUGUAAUUAAACAAACCUGUUCUUUUUCUCUUCAUAUCUGUAAUAAUUCAAUUUUUUCCCCCUCCAACUAAGAGUAAGAUUGCAGUUGAGUUUGCACUUCUACAAACACUUUGAAAUUGUCUGUCAUCUGUACAAGGCGUUGGUCACAGAAUGGCCAUUUAAUUUUUGUAUUGAUGUAUUUAAUAAUAAUAGCAAUGAUGCUGACUAGACAAGAUCCCUGACUAACGACCUGCUUUUAUAUUUCCAGAUACUUGCAAAAUUUAAAAGUUUUGUCGAUUACUGCAACUUGUGAUCGUAUAUGCGUGCCAAACAAAGCUAUAUCAAAGGGCAUUGAAGAGACCCAAUGGUUUCCUGACAUGAUGGAAAGUAAUCUAUAUGUGAAAAAUGAGCCGGGACUUGACGGGCAAUCAAUUGCAAAUCCACAACCGAACCCAUCCACUGAGGAUGCCGGAGGAGCUAGAGUUUGUUUCAUUUGUGGCACGAUAGGCCACGGGGAACAAUAUUGGCUGAGAGUAAAGCCAAGCCCGGGUGGUGCGCCAAACGAACCUUACUUUCCAUUUCUUGAAUCGCAUGAACCACCUGCCGGCUACCGUGGCGAUGGAGCCAGAAGCGGAGCCAUCAAGGCAUGCAGCCUUUGCUACGCCUUGCUGUUACAGCAAUGGGAGAGUUACGAGCAGGAUGCCAGACCUCAUAGUCAACGAAUUUAUUGGCUGAAACGGUGCGAUGGUGGCCCAUUCACAGGAGCCGAGAUGGCUCUUCAAGGAGAAUACGCGGCUCAGGUCCUGGGCUUAGCCAAUGACCAAACACCGCAGCUCCGACCAGAGAACCGGCCGAUUGGGAUAUCCCCGCGACUUCCGCUAAAUUCACCAUCGCCCAGAGUCGAACAGACGAGACCACCAUCGAAUUCCAUCGAGCUGCCAAGACCACACUCGAAUACGGCAGAAACGCACAGACACUUGGAACAAGCAAGGCUCACAAUGGAGUCUCCGCAUCAAAGACUUCAGUCACCGCAUCAAAGGUUACAAAGCCCUCGGCAGCCUGUAGAAGAUGCAAGAAUAUCCAACGAAGCGGCAUUGGAUUUAAGACAUGCGCCCAGGAGUUCACCUGCGCCGCAGCCAACGUUGCCACCACAACCUCAACCCAUUUACAGUGGUGGAUCGACAUCGAGUGCCGGUACUGAUAUUUUAGACCUUUCGAUGCCAGACAAAAAUUCAGUUACAGAAGUCUGUUACGUAUGCGGAGACGAAUUCAAAAGAGGGUCACUUAGUCAUAUUGCAGCAAAACCACUGCCAACCCCGCCACAUCCCUCUGCCAGUCCCCCGCCAUUUUUUCCUUCGCUAAUGCUUCAUCCAAGACCAAGCAGAAGCCGACCAAUGGACAGUGCUGGUCGUGUACAAGCCUGUUCAGCAUGUCAAAAUCAUCUUCUGUUACAAUGGAAGGCAUAUACCCGGCAAGGAGUCCCUCACGAUGAUCGGAAUUAUACGCUUCGUAAACGACAAGCACCCACUAUGGAUACAACUACUUUUAUCUGUUAUACUUGCGCGCUUGAGUACCCUUCGUCCAGUAUUAGACUCCUUUAUUGCUGUCCUAAUCCCGAGAAGGAGGCGUACUAUCCUUUUAUUUAUUCUCUGAGACCUCCGCAAGGAGCUAGUCCUAUUAGCCCUCAGGGAAUGGUGCAAGUUUGCUCCAUUUGUUAUAAAACUAUACCACAGAAGCAACAAGUAUUUGGUGGAGAGAAUCACGAGGCUCAACCGUCUGGACAGAGCGUGGAUUUUCGACAGCAAGGUCCCUCACCGAGACCUGCGGUGGCAAAGUCUCCGGCCAAUUCUGCUGGUAGUGAUAUUCGUUUCAAACCGUACGAUUUAAACAAAUCGAGCGUUGCUACGAAUAAACAACGCAGCGCGACCAUAAAAGGAUCCACUCCUGGGCAACGAAAUUCUCCGAACGGUCCCGCUGAAAACGGAACUGUCGUUCUCGGCCAAAAUUAUAGGUGCUAUAUUUGUGAGAGAUUGUAUCCUCGUUCUCAUAUGAAA